AUGUCGACGGCAUUCGAUAAAGUAAGUCAUACUAAGCUUCUUCAUCGACUACGCGAAUUUGGGUUUCGAGGAAACAUCCUGAACUGGUUCUCAUCGUAUCUCAGUAAUCGUCGUCAGCAAACAACGGUUCAUGGAGCAACAUCAAGACCUUUAGCCGUAACAUCCGGAGUGCCGCAAGGUUCGAUACUUGGCCCAUUGUUGUUCCUAUUGUACGAAAACCACCUCCCCAACACCGUGAACAAUUCAGCUAUCGCCACCUUUGCGGAUGAUACGAAGAUCUUCAGAACCAUAAGCUCCACAUCCGAUGCAUUCUCGCUACAGGAAGACCUUACGAACUUUGAAGUGUGCUCCAGCAAUGUCAACCUGGAACUUAACGCUGAAAAGUGCAAAAUUCUAAGAAUUACCCGAAAGCAGAAGAAGAUAGAAUACCUUACAAACUUCAGAACAAUGUCUUAG